CAAUCCUGACGAUCAUCAUGGCGACGACAAAAAUGUUUAGAAGAUGCUUAAGCACUUCAAGAGUGAUAUAUCAACAGAGUAGUACACCUACUGUAGCACAGAAUAAUCAAUCAGAAAGUACAUCUCAGCAAUCUCCUUCAUCUCCAGAUAUAAGUGAGAGAUACGCACCAAGGGAGAAGAAAUUACCUAGCAUAUUCAACAACAAAGUACCAGCUGAGAAGAGAGUACCAGUUAAUCCAAACCACGGUUUAUACGCAUUUUUUGAGAGGAGACAAGUUGAUAACACAAAAGGAGAACAGCCAGAUGGCACUGGAAAUGGCAAUCAAAUAUCAUCUACUUUGCCUACAUGGACAGAAUCUCAAUCUCUGUCGUCCAGAUCCUGGAGAGCAUCCGAGUUGAGAUUGAAGUCAUUCGAGGAUUUACACACACUUUGGUUUAUUUUACUUAGAGAGAGGAAUUUAUUAUCCACUCAGCUUGAAGAAUCUAGAAGAUUAGGUGUCGACAUCCAACAGUCCACUAGAGUAAAUGAGAGAAGAUACAGAGUGAGGAAAUCAAUGUCCAGAAUCAAGUUCGUUCUUUCAGAGCGUCACCAUUCUAUUAGGGAAAAUGUUAGUGAAAAUAUUCAGUAAAAUGACUUCUUGUACCCAAACAAUGAACUUUAACGUUAU